ACCUUCUCUUGAAUAAACAGAAUAAUAUCCAAAUGAUGGUUAAAUAGUUUAAGUCUUUUAACGAUGACAUUGAAGAUGAAUAAACAGAUAAACCUUAUUCAUAUGAAUUAGGUUAAGAAGAAAUUCCGAAAUUUGAUGAAUGUAUAAAAGGAAUGUAAAAAGGUGAAAAAACUGAAUUUAUAGUAUAAAAUAAAGAAAACAAUUUGCAAAAAUAUCAAAUAUAACUACUUGAUUUUUACGAUAGAAUUAAAACAAAAUUCGAAUUUACGAACGAAGAAAGAAUAGAGCUUUCAAAAAAAUACAAAAUCUAAGGAAACGAAUAAUUUAAAUUAAAAAAUUAUGAAGAGGCUGAUAUUUUAUAUGACUAAGCUAUAGAUUAUAUUGAAGAUGCAAUAUAAAAAUAAUAAGAAAAUGAAAUAAAAGCAGCAUGUUAUUUAAAUAAAGCAGCAAUAGCAUAUUAACUUUAAGAAUGGGAAAAAGUAAUAUAAUACUGUAAUUUUGUGAUUAAAAAUAGCAAAGAAAAUCCUAAAGCUUAUUACAGGAAAGGAAUGGCAGAAAUGAACUUAAAUAAAUUAGAAGAAGCUUAAGAAAGUUUACAUAAAGCAAAAUAAAUACAAGAAAAUGAAGAAAUAAAAAAAUCUAUAGAAGAUCUAAAUAAAAGAAUUAAAAAUGAAGAAUAAAAAGAGAAAAAAUUUUGCAAAUAAUUAUUUUAAAAUAAAAAAGAAAAAUAUAUUUCUUCCAAUAUUAAAGAAA